GUAUGCUGACGCUCGCAAAAAGAUUCUGGAACUUUUCCUACAUCUUUAACUUUUUCUUACAUGGCAACACUAAAGCUAGCUUUUGGCAGCGUCUAACGUUGACAUUUUAUAGUGCUUAGUGCAAAGUGGAUAGUGUCCGGAGACUUCCUUAAAAUUAUGGCGUAAUGCAUCAGAUAUAUGGUUAAUGUCAAUGACAUAACAUUAGGCAGAUUGUUUAACGUCAUCACGUCAUCGACCACUUGUUUUGAAGAUAACGUUUUAAGUUUGUAAAAUGAUUCACACCUCAUGUCUCUAUAAAUCCUUUACAAUUUAAUGUAUGUAUAUGUAUAUUUUCUUGAAAAAAUAUUUCGUAUGUUACGAAUUGAUGGAGAUAUACAUGAGCAAAGUUGUUUUAGACUCAGACUUAAGACGAAACUUUUUUGUUUUACAGCGAUUGUCUAAGACAUUUUGCGACAGUCCACGUACUAUGCAUAUUUUCUAUAUAUCAACGUUUCCUAUAUUGAAAUAUAACUGAUUAAUUCUAUUUAUCAGCUAUUUGACGUAGCCAUAAACCUGUCGAUAUUUUCACCUUAACGAAAUGUCUAAACAGAAACCGAGAGUGUGUAUUAUUGGAGCCGGUCCUAGCGGCAUGUCAGUGAUGUACCAGAUAAAACAACUAUACCCUGACGAGAUUGACUUUGAAUGUUAUGAAAAGCAGGCAACAUGGUGUGGACAAUGGAACUAUACCUGGAGGACAGACGCGGACGAAUAUGGUGAAGAGUUGCCGUCCUAUUUGCCAAGAGAAAUGUAUCGACGCUACCUUGACGGUCGCAUGAAAAAGGUCAGCACUGGUGAUUUCCUUGAACACAUUCACUAUCAACAUGUAGUCAGUAGUGUUGAAUACAGAGAUACGACUGACGACUUUAUUGUCUGGGCAAGAAAUCUUCCUAACAACUCCCAGGUCGAGGAAGUAUUUUCACAUGUUAUAGUUUCUUCAGGAAGGUUUUCUUACCCAAACAUGCCAACGUACCCUGGUAUUGAUACAUUUUGUGGUAGAAUACUCCAUUCCCACGAGUUCAGGGAUGCAAAGGAGUUUGCGCGUCAAAAGGUGCUUAUCAUAGGUGGCAGAUUUUCUGCAGGCGACAUUGCUCUUCAACUGAAUAAGUAUGGCGCAGCACAUGUCAUUUGUAGUUGUAAAGAACCCAUGAAUUUAAAGUGGCCUAAAGGUGUUGAAGAACGACCAAUCGUCGAUGAAAUCAAAGGCAAUACAGCUGUGUUCAAAGAUGAAACACAGUUUGAUUUUGAUGCAAUAAUCUAUUGUACGGGAUAUAGAUUUAAUUAUCCAUUUCUGAAAGGGAAUCUUCAUUUUGACGGCGAAGGUACAGGAACACUUUACCCGGACAACUUAUACAAAGGAACAGUGUGGUUUAAAGGCGGCAAUAAGAAACUAUUUCAUAUGGCAGCCUUUGACAUAUUUUUUGGGUUUGGUUUAUUGGAUGCACAAGCCAUGUGGAUUUUGAAGUUCAUCUUUAAAGAAUUAUGUGGACAAAAAGUUCAGUUUGAGGAAAUGGAAUGCAAUAUCAAAAAAUGGCAGAAACAAAUACAGAAUGUAAAAAAUGUAACUGAUAUUUUUACAUUUCAAAGAAAUUUUUUUCAUGACAUUGGUAGCGAUGUCGACUACUCAGUCGAAUAUGUCGAUAAGGCAUAUGCUAUUUUGAUUGACCUAAUUGAAAAAAGGCAAAACAGCGUCAUCCGAUAUAAAGAUGAGUGCUAUGAAUCUAUUUACACUGGGAAACUUGCACCAUCCCAUCAUACAAGCUGGGCAGAAUGUAUGGAUGAUUCGGUUGAUGCAUUUAUAUAAACACAUAGAUAUUUUGAGCAUUAUACGUAACAAUUAUAAUGUGUCUUACUUGCUGAGUCUUUUGCUUUCGUUGCAAUAAGUGUGACUUACUUUAUUGUAACUUAUAUAUCUUCAAAAUAUACAUUGUGAAAAGAGUUGUAUAAACAGCCAUAAAAAAUAGUCAGUCAGCGAGUGAACAGUUUAAACAUUGAUUGAUUUAAAUUAAAUAUUUUCUCAUUAAAAAACCGAUCCUACUAAAAUACAUUUAAAUGAGACUGAAAGGAUGAUGGGAAUUAAAAGUGUUCAAGGCGAGUUCAGAACAUAAGACGAAAGAAGAAGACAUGAUAAUAGAUGUGGUUGUGCUGUCAUUUGCAUUGAUCCAAGAAUAUAAGACAGGAGGAUUAGGAGGUUAUAUAUUUUUCCACAAAAUAACAUUAAUGUUUAUAUUACACCUAGAUCACGGAGAUCUGACCGUGUGUGCGUGGCUGUGUCUUUGUUUGUUUAUUUGUUUUCUUUCAAUAAAAUAGAAAACACAUAAUAAUAACGUAAAAUCUUUAGUAUAGAGUAUAAAAUUGAUAGAAAUAUUUUGUAAAAAUAUAUGCAGUUUGCCUGUUCCGUAUGUGCUAUCAUAACCUUUCUGUAUCUUAAAAUAAAAUCUUAAAAUGGUU